AUGAUCCUGGCCACCAUCAUCGCUAACUGUAUCGUACUGGCGCUGGAACAGCACCUGCCUGGAGAGGACAAGACACCCAUGUCAAAAAGACUGGAGAAGACGGAGCCCUGCUUCAUUGGAAUGUUUUGUUUUGAAGCUGCAAUAAAGAUUGUGGCUUUGGGCUUCGUGUUCCAUAAGGGUUCGUACCUUAGAAACGGCUGGAACGUCAUGGACUUCAUUGUCGUGCUGAGUGGGAUUCUGGCUACUGCAGGAGCCCAUAUGAACAUCCCAGUGGAUCUGCGCACACUAAGGGCAGUGAGGGUGCUGCGGCCACUCAAACUGGUUUCUGGUAUUCCCAGUCUACAGAUUGUUCUGAAGUCCAUCAUGAAGGCCAUGGUGCCUCUGCUCCAGAUUGGUUUGCUGCUGUUCUUUGCAAUUCUAAUGUUCGCCAUCAUCGGCCUGGAGUUCUACAGCGGACGUCUUCACAGCACCUGUGUACCUGAACCACACAUACGUGUGAAUGAGACCGUGGCUAUAUGGGAGUCUGAGUUCCCCUGUGGAGUGAGACAAUGUCCCUACAAGUACAGAUGCAGUGACACCUGGAUCGGACCGAAUGAUGGCAUCACACAGUUCGACAACAUCCUGUUUGCAGUGCUCACUGUGUUCCAGUGCAUCACGAUGGAGGGCUGGACCACUGUGCUCUAUAAUGCCAAUGAUGCUUUGGGCCCUACGUGGAACUGGCUCUAUUUUAUCCCCCUGAUUAUAAUCGGCUCCUUCUUUGUGCUGAACCUGGUGCUGGGAGUGCUAUCUGGAGAGUUUGCUAAGGAGAGGGAGAGGGUGGAAAACCGACGUGCGUUUAUGAAACUCAGGCAACAGCAGCAGAUUGAACGUGAGCUGAAUGGAUAUCGUGCCUGGAUCGACCGCGCAGAGGAGGUGAUGCUGGCAGAGGAGAAUAAGAACUCAGGCCCGUCUGCUUUAGAUGUUCUGAAGAGAGCCACUACCAUAAAGAGGAGAGGAGUGGAUGCUAUCCGGCACGGUCCUGAAGAGCAGUGCGUGGACAUUGCUUCUGUCGGUAUGCCACUAAACAGAGUGAGUAUUCGUAGCACUAAGAGAGGCCCAACAGCGUAUUUCCGGAGGAAAGAGAGAAUGCUGCGUAUCUCUGUCCGCCGUAUGGUGAAGACACACACUUUCUACUGGACCGUUCUAGGCCUCGUCGCCCUCAAUACCAUCUGUGUGGCCAUUGUGCAUCACAACCAGCCUGUCUGGAUGUCCAGUCUGCUGUAUUAUGCUGAAUUCCUGUUUCUGGGCCUGUUUCUGACUGAGAUGUUUCUGAAGAUGUACGGCCUUGGCCCCCGACUCUACUUCCACUCCUCAUUCAACUGCUUUGACUGUGGGGUGAUUGUGGGCAGUAUUUUUGAAGUGGUUUGGAGCGUCUUCAGACCUGGCAUGUCUUUUGGGAUCAGCGUCCUCCGUGCUCUCAGGCUGCUGAGGAUUUUUAAAAUCACCAAGUACUGGGCAUCCUUGAGAAACUUGGUGGUCUCUCUGAUGAACUCCAUGAAGUCCAUCAUUAGUUUACUUUUCCUCCUUUUCCUUUUCAUUGUGGUUUUUGCCCUGCUUGGUAUGCAGCUGUUUGGUGGCAGGUUCACUUUUGAAGAUUACACUCCCACUAACUUUGAUACGUUUCCAGCUGCCAUCAUGACAGUGUUUCAGAUCCUUACAGGUGAGGACUGGAAUGAGGUGAUGUACAACGGGAUACGCUCUCAGGGUGGAGUCAAGACAGGAAUGUGGUCCUCAAUAUACUUCAUCGUCCUCACAUUAUUUGGAAACUACACACUUCUCAAUGUCUUCUUGGCUAUUGCAGUUGACAAUUUAGCCAAUGCUCAAGAGCUCACGAAGGAUGAAGAGGAGGAAGAGGAAGCAUUCAGCCAGAAACAUGCUUUGCAGAAGGCGAAAGAGGUUGGACCCAUGUCGUCCUUCAUGUCUUCAGAGAGGGAGAGGAGGCGCCGUAUGACCAUGUCUGUGUGGGAGCAAAGGACCAGCCAGCUGCGCCGGCACAGACAGAUGUCCAGCCGGGAGAUUUUGUACAGCAGCCCAAGUGAGGAGCGUGAUGGUCCACCUGGCUGUCCCCACCUCCGCAGACUUGCCAUUUCCCCAGAGACCACAGCCACACCUCUGGAAUCAUCGGGGCCCUUGAACCUGGCCGAGGCAGAGGAAGCGCUCUCUGCCCCUCCUCCAGAGCCAGCCGUAGCACUGCACCCGCCUCUGGCAGAAACACCCGUGUCCGGAAACUCCCCCGACAACCCGCGAGCUAUCAGCAGCCACCUGAGCGCGCUGCGCAGCCCCAGGGUGAACGGAGAGAGAGGACAGAGAGUGGUCCGUAGAUACAGGCCCCCAGAAAUGGCACCCCGGAAACGGAAACCACGGUACUAUGGUGCUCAUAACGACAGCACAGAGGUGGAGCAGGGUGAAGCCAGCCCACCAGCCAGCCAGGAGUGGAGGACCGUGAACGAGGGAGAGGAAGAGGAGGAGAAGAGAAGCAGUAAAGAUGCACAGAUCAGUAAUAUCGGAGAGAUCAGUCAAGAUGGCAGGACUGGUGAGCAGAGACAAGAUGAGCCAGAUGUGUGCAGCUUUCAUGGCUCACCACGCAAAGACCUGCCCGGGGAGUCGGAGCUGGAACCAGAGCCAGAGCCAGCCACGCUGUGCAUCACUGACAGCACAACGCUGGAGCUUGCACUAGCCACUAGGGGCGCCAGUGAGGGAGAGAACAACAACACCCCCUCCUUGGGUCAGGACAAGGCAUGCCUCAGUUCUAGUGGGGUGAUGGAGCAGACGGAUCCUCUGCCUGCCCUGGAACUGUCCUCCAUGACAGCUAACAGCAAAGAUCUGAGACCCUCCAGGUUUGGGAAGGAAGAUAAGGAAGUUCUAAAGCCUUCAAAAGCUCCACCAGCAAACAGCAUGUUCAUCUUCAAACACAGCAAUCCCAUCCGCAGGGCCUGUCACUAUGUGGUCAAUCUCCGUUAUUUUGAGAUGUGCAUCCUGUUGGUGAUUGCUGCUAGCAGCAUUGCUCUGGCUGCUGAAGACCCAGUGGCCACAAACUCAGACUGGAACAAAGUGCUGCGUUACUUUGAUUAUGUUUUCACUGGCGUCUUCACCUUUGAAAUGAUCAUCAAGAUGAUUGAACAGGGUCUUAUCCUGCAUGAUGGAUCUUAUUUUCGUGACCUGUGGAACAUUCUGGAUUUCAUCGUAGUGGUGGGAGCACUAGUGGCAUUCGCUCUGACGAAUUUGCUCGGGUAAAAACGCGUUUUCUUCAUCCAUCAUAUGACCUCAAGACUUGGUGUUUAUCUGUUAUGUAACUGCAUACAUGUGCUACUCUACAGAAAUAACAAAGGGAGAGAUAUUAAAACCAUUAAGUCUCUUCGUGUGCUGCGAGUUCUGAGGCCUCUGAAGACCAUUAAGAGACUUCCUAAACUAAAGGCUGUGUUUGAUUGCGUUGUGACGUCUCUGAAGAACGUCUUCAACAUCCUCAUAGUCUACAAACUCUUCAUGUUCAUAUUUGCGGUCAUUGCUGUUCAGCUUUUCAAAGGAAAGUUUUUCUAUUGCACCGACGGCUCUAAAGACAUGGAGAAAGAGUGUCAGGGCUACUAUAUUGACUACGACAAAGACAAGAAGGAGGUAAAGAAGCGGGAAUGGAAGAGGCACGACUUUCACUACGACAAUGUGGUGUGGGCUCUGCUCACACUCUUCACCGUCUCCACAGGAGAGGGCUGGCCCCAAGUUCUGCAGCAUUCUGUGGAUGUCACGGACGAAGACCAAGGGCCCAGCAGAGGGAACAGAAUGGAAAUGUCCAUCUUUUAUGUCAUUUAUUUUGUGGUUUUCCCCUUUUUCUUUGUCAACAUAUUUGUGGCCCUCAUCAUCAUCACGUUCCAGGAGCAAGGUGAUAAGAUGAUGGAGGAGUGUAGCCUGGAGAAGAAUGAGAGAGCUUGCAUUGACUUUGCUAUCAGUGCCAAGCCCUUAACGCGCUACAUGCCCCAGAACCGCCACACCUUUCAGUAUCGGCUGUGGCACUUUGUGGUGUCGCCUGCGUUUGAGUACACCGUGCUCACCAUGAUAGCUCUAAACACCAUCGUCCUCAUGAUGAAGUACUACUCAGCUCCUCCUGUCUACGAUGCAGCACUGAAACAUCUAAACACAGCCUUUACUGUGCUAUUCUCUGUGGAGUGUGUUCUCAAGAUUCUAGCAUUUGGUUUUAUGAAUUACUUCAGGGACACGUGGAAUAUAUUUGACUUUAUCACAGUCCUGGGGAGCAUCACAGAAAUAGUGGUCGAUCUGCAGUCUGCGUCCUUUAACAUGAGUUUCCUGAAGCUGUUCAGAGCGGCACGGCUCAUAAAGUUGUUGAGGCAGGGCUAUACCAUCCGGAUCCUCCUGUGGACAUUUGUGCAGUCCUUCAAGGCUCUGCCGUAUGUCUGUCUGCUUAUUGCCAUGCUCUUCUUCAUCUAUGCAAUUAUUGGGAUGCAGGUUUUUGGCAACAUCAAGUUAAAUGAGGAAACACACAUUAAUCAGCACAACAACUUCAAGACUUUCUUUGGUGCUCUAAUGUUAUUGUUCAGGAGUGCGACGGGUGAGUCUUGGCAGGAGAUUAUGCUGUCAUGUUUAGGAAGGCAGGCGUGUGAGGCGGACCCGUCGCUGGCUCCUCCCACUGAGCCUGGAGGCACGUGCGGCACAGACUUCGCCUACGUCUACUUCGUUUCCUUCAUCUUCUUCAGCUCCUUCUUGAUGCUGAAUCUGUUUGUGGCUGUCAUUAUGGAUAAUUUUGAAUACCUGACGCGUGACUCUUCCAUCUUGGGUCCCCAUCACCUGGAUGAGUUUGUGCGGAUGUGGGGACAGUAUGAUCGAGCUGCCUGUGGCCGCAUUCACUACACUGAUAUGUACGAGAUGCUGACCUACAUGUCUCCGCCGCUUGGGCUGGGCAAGAAAUGUCCCUCCAAAGUGGCUUAUAAGAGGCUAGUUCUGAUGAAUAUGCCUGUGGAUGUAGAGAUGACAGUUCACUUCACCUCCACCCUCAUGGCUCUCAUUCGCACUGCGUUAGAGGUCAAGAUCGCCCGAGGCGGUGAGGACAGGGGUCAAAUGGACAUUGAGCUUCAGAAGGAGAUCAGCAUUAUUUGGCCACAUCUUUCUCAGAAGACACUUGACCUCCUUGUGCCCAUUCACAAAGCCAGUGACAUGACUAUUGGGAAGAUAUAUGCAGCCAUGAUGAUCAUGGACUACUACAAACAGAGUAAAGCCAAGAAGCUUCGUCAGCAGCUGGAGGAGCAGAAACACGCUCCAAUGUUCCAACGCAUGGAUGCCUCGUCUCUUCCGCAGGACAUUCUCUGCAGCGCCAAAGCACUGCCCUUCCUUACACACAGCGCAGGAUCUGCACUAACCAGGGGUGGUUUUGUUGCCUUGGGCCCCAUCUCCCCUCAGGAGCUCUUUAUGUCCCCUGUGGCCCCUGGGCAGCUCAUGGAGGAAGACUGUCCAUCUCACUAUUGCCCCCAACUCAUGGAGGAAGACUGUCCAUCUCACUAUUGCCCCCAACUCAUGGAGGAAGACUGUCCAUCUCACUAUUGCCCCCAACUCAUGGAGGAAGACUGUCCAUCUCACUAUUGCCCCGAGCUCCUUCCCAGCACGGUCCCAGAGCACAGAGACUUUAGCCCCUUGCUGUGCUCCACUAACAGGCAGACUGCUGCCCUGCAGGUACCAGGGAGAGGCGUGUCGCUCCGAGCCUCCUCCAUGCCUCGACUGGCUGGAGAGCCCCAGACAAGCUCAGAGAGCAAGCUUAUAAAGCGUUCGUUCUCUACCAUCGGUGAUCAGUGUGUCAACGGCGUUUGGCAGGAAGCGUUCUCCUUGGAGAGGGUUAGUCCUGACCACCUGGAGAGACCCCGACAAAGGAGCUUCAGAGGUGUCGGGUCCAACCCGAGAGAGCCUUUGAGCAGGGAGAGGGGACGUUCUAAGGAGAGGAGGCACCUGCUGUCUCCUGAUCCAUCUCGCUGCAACUCUGAGGACAGAAGCCAGACAACGGCACAGGAGACACCCCACUCAAGGUCACCCAGUGAAGGGAGAACACACACUCCACACAGACAGAGUGACAUUUCAGGAAGUCCUGUACACUCCAUUUCAGACACAGGCACCCCUAGAGGGCGGCGGCAGCUUCCUCAGACCCCCUCUGGACCACGCCCACACAUCUCCUACUCGCCACUUGUGUCUCGUGUCCAUCCAGCAGAAGAUGACAGCAAGUCAAGAGCCCAGCCUGUAGGAGAGGGGCAGGAGCCAUCUCAGCAGGGUGAGCCUCCUCCAUGUGGCGCAGCCCCAGGAACCUCAGAUAGCCAGGCCUUGGUUACCCAGGCUUCUCCACAGCGCCUAAUCUCAGAGCCCUACCUGCCAAUGCACAAGGAUUUCAACAGCCCAGACUCCAGCUGCCCAGAGGAGACUCUCACCUUUGAAGCUGCCAUAGCAACAAGUCUGGGUCAUGCCAGCACCGUCAGCUAUGCCCCAGAGGCACGGCACUCCUGGCAGUUGCCAAAUGGGCAUUUCCGCAAGCGCCUGGCACAGGCCACUGCAGGAGCAUCAGGCUGUGAGCUCCUCAGUGACUCUGACGAGGAUGAACGCUGCUAGAAGCACAGAGAGCAGAGCUGAGGCAGCACCCUGAUUAACGUGAUGUCUGAGUCACAUGACUUCUCAUUUGCUCAUUAGCCUGAUGUUGGUUCUGCAUGUUGUGUAUCUGUGAAUGACAGGUGAAACUGGACAUCUGAGAACUUUGCCACCCAGCUAUAAACUAAAAAAAAACAAUAUUUUGUAUAUCAUAGCUUGUUUUGGAGCUUUUCCUCAUGGUUUAAAGUGUUUGGUAUGCAUUGCAAACAGUAUGAAAAACACACAGAUUAAAAGGUUUAGUAUUAUCAGUUAACAUAAGCAGGUGGUCAAAUGAUGGGCUAUACACAAAGCCUGUUUUGGAGCCCAGUAUAUUGUUGUACUACCUCUCCUGACCCCAAAUACAGAGCAGGACAUUAAGACACCAAGAACUUCGAAUGUCACAUUAUAAAUACUAAAGCUCUUUGGUCAAAGGACCAUAACAACUCACUCAGACUGUCCAUCUUUAAUCAUAUUAAGCUCCAUCAGUAGCUCUCCACAGCCAAGAAGUUUGUGUGCGUGUGCGCGUGUGUGUGUGCAUGCGUGCGUGUGUGUGUGUGUGUGUGUGUGUGUGUGUGUGUGCGUGUGUGUGUGCGUAGUGCUGAGAGGCUCUGUGGGGUGGGGACAGUGUUGAGACUGAAGGAUGGGGCAUGGUCCUGCUCUUUGGCUAUAUGCUGUGGGGUUUGUGGAGAGAAGCAAGCUUUCAUACGUAGACUGUAUGUUCAACAGGCUUCAGUGAUCGAAUUAUUAGAGAGGAUCAGUAAAACACCCCUUUAACUACAAAUUUGACUUUGCUAGCUGGGAAGCAUCUUGUCCAAAUUAAUAGCUUGGGAACUCAUAGCUGGAUGAAAGAUGAUCUUGAACAAAAUGAAACAGAACACUUUAAACCUAUUUUAUGUACUGCAGAGUCUAUAAGCCAUGUUCUCCUGUAAAUAAGGUAAAGUGUCUUAAAUGUGCUCUUUUGUGAAACACUGACACAAUAUCUUUAUAUAUGUGAUAUCAUCUUUAUACAUGUUAUAGCAUCCUUUAUACAUGUACUGAAAAGUAUUUCUAAGAGGUCAUGCUUCACGUGCAUGGUAAAUCACCAGUGUUGAAGUGCUUAUGUGAGCGCAGUUUACCGUUGCCUGGUGAACGGAGACACACAGCAACACUGCCGAUUCUACCACACAGCCCUCUGUGUAAUGGUGAAUUACAGCACUCAUGUCCUUGUUAUGCCUCGUUUUCAACCCUAAACUUCCAUUGAUGGGGACAUCGUUUCCUUACCAAUGAGUAAAUAGGGCUGUAAAGUACUGCUGAACAGGACUGUGCAGUAGUUCUCCACUCCUGGUAGAGUUUCAGUUCAGUGUGUUACUAUGACAAGUGUGCGCUGGUAGCCUCCAGGCACAAAUAAAUGUCAGUACCUACAUUCCCAUAAUCCCAAAACCAAUUAAUGUUUUCACACAAAAGACAAAUUCAGGGACAGCAAAAAAGCUGUAAGUCUGCAAGUAAAAGUCAGUGAAUAAGGUGAAGUAAUGUGGCUGAAACCUUUCAGUCAAAGUCUGACGGAAACACUUGAGCAGAUGCGCAGUCACUUCAGUAACAAACUGCCGUGUGCAUUAUUUUGACGUCGUAUUAAAUCUGUGAAAGAAACAGUGGGAUACUAGUGCAGUUAGAGAGAAAAGUUAAUAGAAUGAUAGUUUAAUGGCUUUAAUCUUGUUAAUCCUUCAGCACUGUAUAGGAAGUAGGAAUGUAAGUGGCACAGGAUUUUAAGUGACUGUAGGGUAAAUAUUUAAUUAACAUAUCAAACAUCUAAGUACUACUGGGUUACUUUAAAUCCAAACAGAUAAAGAACAGCUUCCCCAAAAGUAUGUUUCUGUAUCAUAUUUUGUUGUAAUUUGUUUCUGAAAUGUUCUGAAAUGGGGCAUAUUGGGUACAUGUUCUGAUGCACAUGUUCUGAUCUGGGGUCAAUGUGUGAAAUGUGAAAAGGUUCCUGCCUGCACCUGACAAUGUUGCGUAGAAGAGCAUACUGGUGUUAAAAUAUGUGGGUUAUAUAUGAAUUAAAGGAAAUGCUGAACGUAUUGAACAGUUUGUUCCAGGGUCAGGGGUUAGGUUUAGAUGAGUGUCUGAUAUUCAUUCCAUUUUGUUUUGUGAAGCAGUUUUGCUUUGUGCCCAUCAAGUAAGUAUUGCUGGUUAAUAAAACAAUUUAGGUUUUCCUGA